CGACUUUAUCAGAAAAUGGCGACAAAAUCGCUACUGUUCCAAUACACGAUUUCUCUGAAGCAUCUCCAAUGGCGUAGCAAUGCCAAUGCGCUCUGCCGCCGAACAUUCGCGCGACCUCCUCUUCUUCUACGGCCUCAUCAUACUUCUCUUCUUCCUCAUCCUCUUCCGCUGCACCGUCGUCUUCGUCUUCCUCCUCCUCCUCGUCCUCCUCUGCUCCGACGCCGUCUACGCACUAUAUUCUCUACUAUGUCCUCGAUGAACUCCCCGGAGGAGGGCGGGAGCCAGGCCUCUGUCAAAACAGUGAGAAUGGUGAUAAAGGGGAGAGUGCAAGGUGUGUUCUAUCGGAAUUGGACGAUUGAGAAUGCGAAGGAGUUAGGGUUGAAAGGUUGGGUUCGGAACCGCCGGGAUGGAUCUGUGGAGGCGUUGUUUUCGGGGAGUCCAGAGAAGGUUGAGGAGAUGGAACAGCGGUGUAGGAGAGGUCCGCCUGAUGCUAUGGUGACUGGAAUUCAGGCAUUUCCGAGCACGGAUGAUCCUGGGAAUGAAUUCGAGCGUAAGCCUACUGUGUGAAUGAAUGAACCAGCGAUUCUGAUCAGGUUCAAGAACAGUGAUUUGAUGAUAAUAUUGAAUAAUGCUUUUGCAGUUUUAGUUCUUUCUCAUGGAUGGGGCAUUGAAGGUUGAUUUACUAUACUGGCUUUGGCUUUUGAGAUCUUGCUAGUGUUUACUUGUGUGGUUUGGGAUGUUUUUGAUGUUUUGGAUUUGAAUUUUUGUAAUAGAAAAAUAGUGGUUUGAUUUGAUGUUUUGCAUAGAGCUGAGGUGUAGAAAAUUGUAUUUGCGAAAAGAUUCUUAAAAACAUAAGUAAACAAUCCCGACAUUUUGGAAGGAAAUCCCAUCAUUGAGUAGAAGAUAGAUAGUACCCACUGUAGAACAAAAUCGAGCUCAUUCAAGAUUGAUAAA